UGUCCUCAAAGUUCAGGAGACUGAAAAAGGAAGUGACAGAGUUGGGGACAGUAGAAGCUGUUUCUUUACAGCGCUUCGUCGUCGGUCCCGUGAGGUACGAAUUUAAUCAGUCAGAGAUACUACUCCGGUGUAGUUGGAAGAGUUUGUGGUGAGACAUUAUGGAGACUGAGCAGGAUGAGAUGGGGCAAGAGGAGAUGAGCCCUGAAAUGGCUUUGGAUAAGGACCCGUUUCAGUUGACAGUGGAAGAUGUGUAUGAUAUCUCUCAUGUAGUAGGGCAGGAUCUGUUGAAAAUCAAUAGAGAGGCCCGCGGUGUGUCCAGCCUUGUGUCUGAUCUGCAGUUCAAAAUAGUCAGGGUACUGGAAAUGUUGGAGGCACUGGUGAACCAAUCCAGCCUUUCUGCAGAGGAACUGAAAAUGGAAAGGGAUAAUCUGAAGGCUGAAGUGGACCGACUCCUUAGAGAUGGACCUCAGAUGGGUGUUGGGCCAGACAAAAUGGUUAUAGACCUCACAGACCCAAAUCGGCCUCGUUUCACACUGCAGGAGCUCAGAGAUGUAUUACAGGAAAGAAAUAAACUGAAAGUUCAACUUCUUGUUGCUCAAGAUGAGUUACAAUGCUAUAAAAGUCUCCUUACUUUCAGUGGUAUUAUUCCUUCACCUGAUGAUCAGAUUGUAACCUUAGAAAAUGAAUCGAUAAUAACAAGCUCACCAAGAUCGAAUGCAAGCAAAGAGAAAUCAACUGUCAAAAGCUUGUUUUCUUUUAAACAAGGGAAGAAUACAUGAACUGGAUUUGUUUUGUUGUGAUGUUUUACAAAAUGUUAUUAUUGUAUAUAUCUUUGCAAUCAAUGUUUAUAUGUAAAAACAUUAAUGGUUCAUGUAAGAAUAUUGUCUGCACAUUCCAUUACAGAGAGUAUCUUAAAUCAGGGGUGUCCAACCGUUUGGUUAGUUGCAAUUCCCUGUAAACCUACUUAAUUAAAUCCAGUGUAUUACCACUCUCCUAAUAUGAACGCUCCCAAAUGCUUUUAGUUUUCUGAAGAGCACGACUCUGCACUUUCAAACCAGGACCUGCUAAAGUCUUUGUGAUCUGGGUUGAAAAGCCUUUACCUAAAACUUUUGGCUAGAAGAGGAAGAGUUUGAUGCCCUUGCAUUGCCAGUGGUACUGCAAGCCAAGCAGCCUAUCAGACAACCCUGGAAACUGCACUUCACAUAGCCAAUGACUUUGCCUUUACUAUCUGAUCCCUCACUGCCUGUGGCUUUUUAAGUUUGGUUGUGUAGAUAUACCAAAUAAAUUGGAAUACCAACUGUAAUAAGCAAGGGGCACAUUAAACAUUGGAAAUAAACAUUUUCUUUUAAUCCUCUUUGUUUGAAAUGAGAUGUCCGAAUGGCACAUGUUCACAUACUUUUGGCCAAAUAGUGCAUAUAUAUGGAUGGAUGGAUGUGAAGUCAGUGUCCCCUGCCAUGCUUAUUGGUAUUUGCAUGAAAGUAUUGUUUUUUUCAGUUAAAUAAAAAGUAUUAUACGUUCUGCUAA